AUGUCCACAGAUGAGGGUAGUUCUGCGACGGCGCUUGUAACACAGGAUACCGAAGGCACCCAACCUACCUUCCAGUCUUUAACAACAGAAAGAGACAUUACAGUACAAGGUGUCACGACCCGUGAUGUUAAGGUCUCUAUGUCUACGUACCUCAUAUCAACUCCCGCCCUUCAGACAUUGAGCGAUUCUCCUGCCACAGAGGAGCUCACGAAUGGAAACACAGAGGGCAUGACAUCGUCAGCAGAUGGAACACUUGGGACUUCAUAUGUGACAAUCACUGAUGAAUCGACGAGCGAUGUCUACACCGCAAAUACAGCGACAGCAACGAUGUCUUCUAGGACCACGCAAGAUGUGCCCACAGACACAGAACCCGGUUCAGAUUCACCGGGCACACCUUUAGAUGUCAGCGAAAUUAUCACCAUUUCUCUUCCUUUGACUACAGACAUGGAAACUCCAACAUGGACACCAAUGUCCGCACCCUCUACAACUGAUAUACCAACAACUAAUGAAGAUGUCGAGCCGCUUGUGACUGCCAUGAUCACUGAUUAUGUUACAACGGAAUCUGAUGUUCCAAUGACAGUAUCGGUAACAGAGGUUAUCACUAUCAUGGUGUCUAAUAUUGAGGAGUUUACUACGAGCAACUCAGAUAUUACAGCUGUUGCAGAAUUGAGUACAGAAUCAAGUGUUGUUACUGGAGAGGUUUCAACCCAACUUACAUCUCUUAAAACAUCUGCUACGACUCUUGCCACUUUGGGACCUACUCAAACCAUCAAAGAUACGGAAGGAGAAAGUACAGAAACAGUAACUGUCCAAGGUGAAACCACAGAGUUAUCAACAACUGAUGAAACACAAUUAUCAACGGAUAAAUCGAGCAUGACUACUGGCGUAACAGAAGCAACGAGUAGUACGUCUGUCACUUCUGAAUCAUUCCCAACUAUGACUACAACCACCUUAGGGGACUCGCAUUCAUCAAUAGAUACCAUGACAUCUACCGGAUCCGAUUCCUUGACUUCCACAGAAGAUAACACGACUGGUGUUAUGAUUACCGAGGUCACGAUCGAAGGAACCGUAGCGUCAACCACUUCCUCAACCACCAUAAUCACAACACUCGACCUCGAAGAAACAACACAGCCGACAUCGGAAUGGAGUCCUACUACCGAUGGCUUCACGCCAAGUAUCACUUCAACUUACAAGACGACCCUCUCAACGGAAGAAGGACCAGAUUACCAAAGUACAACAAAUGAAGCCGCUAGUACUCAAAGUGAUACAACAACAAUAUCUACAGAAGGAUCGGAUUAUCCAAAGGCUACAACAACUGAAGCUACUAGUACUCAAAGUGAUACAACUACACUAUCUACAGAAGGAUCGGACUAUCCAAAGGAUACAACAACUGAAGCCACUAGUACUCAAAGUGAUGCGUCUUCUACCACCGUUCCGCGAUCACAUGAACCGACUGAAACCCAGGUCACCCAAUCCAUCAAAACGACAACCGAGGACACUGUCACACAUGCAGCUACAACUCUGAUGUCAGGACAUGAAACUACAGAUCACGCAGAAUUCCCUACAGCAUCGGUCAAGAUAUCGUCGACGUCACCAUCAUUGUCCACGUCACCAGUAGAAACAACAAAGUCGCAGACAUCAACUACCACUAGGGACGAAGACGAUGACCCGAGCACGCCUUCUGGAACAGCUGAAGGUCCAACCGUCAUCACUUCGAGGUUAGGGACCUCAAGGUCGUUUUCAACGACUAACACGUCAUCCACGACUACGGGGGAAAGACAAGCCUCGUCCGACAGUGUCGUGCUGAUAGUACUGUCGUCAAUAGCUGCCAUGAUCUUCUUCUUAGUCUUCUGCCUGGUCAUCUUUGGGUGUUGCAUCGCCAGGAAAUGGCGGGAAAGAAACUCCUAUCCGGAGGAUGAUCAAAUGCCACUAAGAUCCCUGCAAACAUAUUCCCGACAGAGUAAUCGAGGAAGGAAAUACGGCCAACAUUAUUUGGAAAACAACAAGCCGAGUUUCGCCCAUCGCUUAAAUCCAUUCCAGUCGACCAAACUCGACAACGAAUACGACAUUCACGACGAUUCCUCUCUCUACAUCCCGCCAUCGACCACGCUUUCGAUAAUCAACGACUACUUUGAACAAAUGCACGGUGUCUCCAACGACAGCCUCGAACCCGAUACUAAUGAAAAUGAUCUACGGUAUUUUAAUGAACCGCACGAUAAGGAAAAGGAUUUCGAAAGCGAGAGUUUUGAGAUGGGGUUUUUCCCGGAUACCGAGUACUGGAUGCCGUCGAGUGCCAGUGAAUUAGCGGAUACUCCGUAUUAUAUCACCGAUGAUGCACCUUUACCGGUUACUCAUGUCUAG